GCUGCUUACCCGGACAGAAACGAGACCUUAUAGAUUCCUGGUCUAUAGUUUAAACAUAUUAUUAUAUUUUUUUCUAUUUCAAACAAUCGUGCUGCACCAGGCCCGGAAAAGAGCACGCAGCAGAACACUUGGACUGAAAUUCACAUCCAUUUCAUUUCCAUGUUUCCAUUGCCACUUUAAAGUAAUUAUCGGCGACCUGUCACUCAAGCUAAAUGAAGUAAUGAGGUGGGUAGGUGUGAUGCAAACAUGGAGGUGCAGAACAACAACCAGCCCACCUUAGACAAACACAAUAAUCUCUACAAGAUACCAAGCCAGGAAGAUCAGAAAAAUGUCCCAAGCUAUAAUUACUGCUGCACAAUGGCAAACUUCCACAUUGAGAAGAAGAUCGGUCGGGGUCAGUUCAGUGAGGUCUAUAAAGCAACAUAUCUGCUUGAUGGACAGCUGGUGGCACUCAAGAAAGUCCAGAUCUUUGAGAUGAUGGAUGCUAAGGCUCGUCAGGACUGCAUCAAAGAGAUUGAUUUACUGAAGCAGCUGAAUCACCCCAAUGUAAUCAAGUACCUUGAUUCUUUUAUUGAAGAAAAUGAGCUCAACAUUGUUCUGGAGCUCGCGGAUGCUGGAGAUCUGUCCCAGAUGAUAAAGUACUUCAAGAAGAAGAGACGACUUAUCCCAGAGAGAACAAUUUGGAAAUAUUUUGUGCAGCUGUGCAGCGCUCUGGAGCACAUGCAUUCACGCAGAGUAAUGCACCGUGAUAUCAAGCCAGCCAAUGUGUUCAUAACAGCCACCGGAGAGGUAAAGCUGGGAGACCUUGGACUAGGACGCUUCUUCAGUUCCAAGACCACUGUAGCACAUUCUUUAGUGGGAACACCUUACUACAUGUCACCAGAGAGAAUCCAUGAGAAUGGCUACAAUUUUAAGUCAGAUAUCUGGUCCUUGGGCUGUCUUCUGUAUGAGAUGGCUGCACUGCAGAGUCCAUUUUAUGGGGACAAGAUGAACCUUCUGUCCCUCUGUCAGAAGAUAGAGCAGUGUGAUUACCCCCCUCUCCCCCCGGACCAUUACUCUGAUAAGCUGCGUGACCUGGUCAGCAUGUGCAUCAGCCCAGACCCGGACCAGAGGCCCGACAUUGUCUUUGUGCUGCAGUUUGCAAAACAGAUGCACAUGUGGACUUCUAGCACCUGAGUGACACUUUCAAGCCCUCUUCUCUGCUCAAUUUGAGGCUUUCCACUCACUAUGUGCCUGUCCUUGCACAAGCAAGUUUGCCCUUACCUCAUCUUAGCAGACUGUAACCUUGGAAAUACUGUGAUGUAUCUUUUCAGUCAUGGAAGAUGUGAAGAGGUACAUGGGUAUACUCACGGAAAACAAAAGUGAGAGGUAACCGUAUGUCUGCCUGUUUCUUUAGCUGAGAACAUAGCCAAAAUAGCUGUGUCUCCCUCUGAUGACAGAUUCCUCAAAUAAGAGUUGCAUUCCCAGUUCAACCGUGUCUUGCUGUGUAGUAGGACUGGGCAGUUUGAAUAUUUGUCAUGUCGUCUACUAUAAUCAUAUCAUACAUGCUUUUAUACAUUGUAAAGUACCUCAUUUAGUGUUCAAAAUGGACAGCUAAUAAAUGCCUAUUCUCAGAAAAAAACAAAAGAAUGCAGUUUCAGGGGAAACUGAAAUUGAAGUAAAAUCAUAAAAUAAAAAAUAGUUUUAUGAUCAGAUGAAGCGUAGCUAGUUAAUAUUGCCUUUUACAAACAGUGGGGAGCUCAGCUAGCACUUCUGGAAUAUAAAUAUAGAUAAAUCUCACAUAGGUUAUUCUAUUUAAGCUGCUUCAGCCUACAUACAUUUGCUGCUCUUUGCAACCCAUCUCCAUCUCCAACUCCUUCUUUUCAUUUUAUUUUUAUGUGAAAUAAUCAGUGCUUGCAUGUUGGCACUGAUGCCUGCUCUGUUUGUGCUGAAAGCCUUUUAAGCUUUUUGUUGUGGGAAAGGCAGGGAGGUCAUCCACGAAUAAGGCCAGAAAUUGAAAAUGACUCCAAAUGGAAUAACAAUCCUAUUUUAACUGAGAAGUUCCUGACAGAACUGUGGCUGAAAGCUUAAAGAAGUAGCCAGGUUUAUGGGAUUAUUCAGUAAUCACUUAUAAGAAUGCUUUCUCAUGGAUGUCACAUUCAUUCACCUGUGGACUAGCAGCUGAGCACCGACAGUGUUUCUGCCUUUUCUGAUUCAGUAUAUUCUCUGAGUCUAUGGAAGCCCUAAGAACAAUUUUGGAAGUUUUCUUAAGGGCAGUUCUCCGUCAUGUAGUGAUUUAUACAUUUUCCCUGCUUAAAGACCUGGUGAAGGAUCAAAUCCUGUUAGGGUUGCAUCCAGUGUAUAAAUUUGUGAAAUCAAAUAUGUGGAGCUAUCUGUUAUGCAAACCCGCUAUGAAUAAGGAAGCAGUCAAAAGAAGAUGUUGCUUCUGACUGAGGACAGUUUGUCAUGUAUGUAUCUAAAGGUUGCCAACAGUGGGUUAAAUCUGAAAGUGCACUUAAAUAUUCAUAGAACUUUCCAGUCAUAUGUUGGGUUUUAAAGACUAAGUUACCACUGAAUUUCUUGGAUCAAGCAUUGUGAAGUCAAAUGUGGCCGUAUUUUAAUUUUAUGAAUGGGGAAAUCAUGUUGUGUCCACCUUACUCUCCUUUUAUCUGUGCUUUGGUUUCCACAGGUUUCAAAAAGAAACAUUUCAAGUUGUUUCAGUUCUCCACUAGGUUCACAUGCUGGUCUGUUAUCCUCAGCUUCUUAAAGCCUGUUACUUACAAGUAGUAAAGUUCUGUCAGUCAAUACCCAGGUUCCUGUUGAGACUAGACUUGAUUUGGUUGGUUUAAUUUGCGUUCUCACAUUAAAACUGAUGGAACAAUAGAAUCAAGAAUAGUGAAAGACAAAUGUUGUGUUGCUGGGAGGAGUAGUCAUGGGACUGUGAGAACUUAUUUAACUCUAUCCUGUUAAAUUUUGUUUAUAUCACAUUCUGUCAGUCCUUCAAACCAAAGACAUAGAACAAAGGUGACCUGACUAAAUGAAAAAUACAAGUUAUAAAUGACUACCAAACCACAUAGGGCACCCAUUUAGUUCACAAAUACGGGUUCGCAGUGUACAAUGUGACAGGCAUGAAUAGGUCUAGAUGGUGGCAGACCUGUCAGUUCUGAUAUUCUCUGCUGAAUUCCAGUUGAGCCACAUGAUAAUUGUGAGUGAGCAGUAAAAGAAAUUGGGCUCUAAUGCCAUUAAUUGACAAAAUGUUUCUUUGUGUUGUUGCUCAGGCAGUGUGAAAUGAAUAGCCAUAUGUGCUCCUCCACAUAAAACUCAAAACCUUUACCAGCCCCAAUCAGUUCCAUAGAUAACUAUAUUUAGAGAUAUGGAGUUUUUUUUUGUUUUUUUAAAUUGUUGUUGUUGUUGCCUAAAUGUUUACAUUUUGCAUAUCUUUAGUGUUGGGAAAGAAAAAAUGCUUCAUGCCACAGUUUGAGUAAAGGAGAACAAAUCAAACACACACAGAAAUUAAUCUGGAAUUGAUACUGUUGUGGUGAGUGUUGCUCCAGUGGUGUUGUAGUUUUGUGUUGAUUGUAUGAGAAUGCAGUCAUGGUCUGCUUCUAAUUUAUAAAUCUAGACCAAUCUUGCUGUGAAACUGUAAACACCAUAAACAUUAGAUGCUGUGAAAAUGAAUGAAUGAAUUACGCAAUGUUUUUGAAAUACAUGUAUUAGAUGCACAGAGUGAGAGCUUACAGUUUUCAUUUUGUUUAAAUAACUUGUAUCUUCAUCUUCCAUCUGCCAUGCGUAUCAAUCAUCUCUAAAGCAUUGUGCCAUUAUGUUUAUGUUGACUGUGCUUUUCUGUGCAAAAUGAUAUUAAAUUCAGUUCAGUCAAUUUUC